AUGUGUAACUCGAAAUCGGUAGUAGCUAUACAAAAUGACAUAUCGGACCCAUUCGAAAUACGCUCAGGAGUAAGGCAAGGAGAUGCCCUAUCUACUGUUGUCUUCAACCUUACGCUGGAGGCAGCCAUCCGAAACGUAGGAGUAAAAGGGCUUUUAGACUAUAACACCAGUCAGCUAGCCGCCUAUGCGGAUGAUAUCGUUAUCACAAGCAGGUCUCAAAGCAGCAUGAUCAGACACACCACAACUCUCCAGAUGGAAGCGGCAACGUAUGGAUUGAUGGUUAACGCAAGCAAAACGAAGUACCUUCAUAGCACGCGCAACCCUCGUCCACUACAGGAUGUCACCAUUGGAGAUGAUACAAUUGAAGGAGUCAGCAGCUUUAAGUACCUGGGGUCGAUACUGUCCAGCCGGAAUAAGGUUGGAGAUGAGGUGAAUGCCAGAAUAAUGGCUGGCAGUAGAUGCUUUUACUCUCUCAGCAAACUUUUCCGAUCAAAAUAUCUUAGUGCAAAAUCCAAGCUGUCUAUCUAUAAGACCAUAAUACGCCCCGUCACCACCUAUGGGUGUGAAGCAUGGUCACUAACAGCUUUAGAAACCCAAAAGCUCGCCGUGUUUGAGAGGAAAGUUCUGCGCAAAGUGUUUGGGCCAGUGAAAGACGCAGACGGUGACUACCGAAUACGCAUGAAUCACGAGCUGGAGGCACUCAUGAACCGAGAAACAAUCGUCCGAUUCAUCAAGUCACAGCGUCUGAGAUGGGCUGGGCACGUAGAGAGGAUGGGCAAAAACAGGGCACCCAAGAUUAUGACCGACUGGAAGCCGCAGCAAAGGAGACCUAGAGGAAGGCCGAGAAAGAGAUGCGCUCAAAUCAAUUCAAAUUUAGCUGACUUUGUUCCAGUUUCCACAAUGGAUGUAGAGGCUGUCGUGGGGCGAACCGCCUCGCUGCCUUGCGAUAUAGAACCAGACUCCAAUGAAGACCGAGUGUACAUGGUGCUAUGGUUCAGACAUGCUGGCGGAAAACCACUGUACAGUUUUGACGUUCGCGGACGUAGUUUCAACAAAGCGCUGCAUUGGUCAGAUCCUCUCGCCUUUGGAAGACGAGCCUACUUUGUAACUAUGUCCAGACCCUCGUCCCUCACGGUAGACGCUGUUCAGCUUGAUGAUGAAGGCAUCUACAGAUGCAGGGUCGACUUCAAGAAUUCUCCAACCAGAAACUUUCAAAUUCGUCUCAACGUUGUUGUACCACCACAUCAGCUACUGUUGUACGACGAAGCUGGCCGUGAUGUGGCCGGAGUGGUAGGUCCGUUGGAAGAAGGUGGUAACUUCACUCUGCUUUGUGAACUGAGAGGUGGUCGUCCUAAGCCUACGCUGUCGUGGUUAAUAAAUAACACGCCUCUGGAAGAACAUACUAUACUGAAAAAUGACGGGAAAAUUAUUAUAAGUAAGAUAAGCGUCAGUGGUGCUGAAAGAAGUUGGCUCAACACAACUGUCAAAUGCCAAGCAACAAAUACCCCGCUCUUAAGCCCACAAGAGAGAACUGCCAGAGUUGAAAUGAAUUUGAAACCUACAUCAGUUUCGAUAGUGGAUAAACCAGGGCAACUGUCAGCUGAUUCAGAAGUGACACUUGUUUGUGUGACACAUGGAAGUAGACCACCAGCUCAGAUAAGCUGGUACAGAGAAAAUAGAAGAUACACCAGGGGGAAGCAUAGCGAGUAUAUAAACGAGACGUCGUCGAUCAGCAAGCUAACCAUGCUGCCUCAACCUGAAGAUGAUGGAGCAACCAUUAGGUGUCGAGCUGAUAAUCCAAUUCUGAGAGUCGCUUUGGAGGAUUCUGUCAAGAUGAGUGUUGUCUACAAACCGGUAUUGACGAUGUCUCUAGGCAGCACAUUAAACCCUAACGACAUAAAGGAAGGUGACGAUGUUUAUUUCGAGUGCAACAUCAAAGCUAACCCCAAGGAGCAUCGCAUUUCCUGGUAUCAUAACGAGGAACAGGUGACACAGAAUAUGUCUUCGGGAGUUUUUAUAAGUACGAAGUCGUUAGUGCUACAACGUGUUAGUAGACGUGAUGGUGGGUUAUAUUCUUGCCGAGCAGCUAAUCAAUUGGGAGAAACGAGCAGUCAGUCGGUUUAUUUAAGAGUACAAUAUGCUCCAACAUGUGCUCAAACCAGUCCAUUGGUGCUUGGAGCGCGACUGGACUCGUCUCUCAAAGUUCGUUGUUCUGUCAGUGCGGAUCCCGCUGAUGUAGCCUUUUACUGGCAGUUUAACAAUAGCGGUGAAAGUUUCCAGGUUUCACCAGCAAGAUAUGUUUCAACGGGAGGUACGGCCAGCGAGUUACGUUACAGAGCGGCUAGUGAACGUGAUUAUGGCGCAUUACUUUGUCGAGCAACUAACGCUGUGGGACGUCAGAAGAAGCCGUGUGUAUUCCAGAUAGUUCCUGCAGCUCGCCCUUCUCCACCAAGAAACUGUACAGCAAAGAGGUCUGAUAUAAAUAUGGAAACGUUUCUCACGGUCCGUUGCAUAGCGGGUUACGAUGGAGGUUUAAGCCAAUACUUCACGCUAGAAGCUGUUGGAGAAACGGGAAGGAUCCUUGCUAAUAAUACAGCCGAUACAACUGAUUUGGUAGUGUGGUUGAAUGUAAGCUGGUCAGAAUUAGAAUCUCUGUCAGUGAAUGAGGUACUGUCUGUGAGUGCAAGGAACAGCAAAGGGGUAUCUGAGCCAGUGUUAAUCCGAGAUCUCGUCUACAAGGAUGCUGCGAAACAUACAGAGGAUACAACUCGAGUGUCUUCGAAAUUUCCAACGACAGCAGCUAUUGCUGGUGUGGUCGCAGUUGUUACGAUUGUUGUAAUAACAACAGUUCUUCUACUGAAAAAACGUAACGAAGCUUCAUCUAGCAGCAAGCGCCCGUCACAGAGCGUUGUUCAAGUAGAUGCAAAUGGACGUCGUUAUCUUAUAGCUUACCCAGCACAGGACAAGCUGGAGACUAAACCGGAUAUAUUGAAUCCUAAAGCUGAUAGUGAACCGCCUCGUGUUGUUUUGGAGUCGAGUGAUAACAAGACUUACUCCAUCAAGGAGGCUGGUCAGCACAAAUCAAGCUACCAACCACCAUCCAUUGAAGAAGACAUGGUAAAAAUUGAUUUCUCACACUUUUAUUGA